AUGUCACUGUCGCUGUGGGCAGAAUGUAGCACAUUUCUGGGGAUGAAAAAGACGGCCGGUAAUGAAUACUUUGAUUCUCUUCGGAAUAAAAGAAACGAUUUUUUAAAAAGUAUACCUGUGUCCAAUAGUAGGCCAGUAGAUAGGGAACAGCUGAGGGGUUUAUACAGUAGACUCAACGACCUCCCAGAGCUUAUGAAUAGAAGGUUCCAAGUGGGUUCUAAACCUCCACAAGUACCUGUUGAUGAUUACAAUUUUGAGAAACGUAACUCAGUUGACCUGCUCCGAGCCCAGCCAGUAUGUCCUUAUAAGACGGAAUGGCGGUUAAUACAUCGGGCAAAGAACAUCAACGAUACGGAAGUGAUAGUUUUCCAGCCUGAAAUCGAAAGUGAUGGCUUCCAAUGGUUCUACACCGCUACAUGUGAUAGGGCUGCCUCAUAUCUCUAUGAUACAUCUUGUCCAACCUGCUGUAGGGGUAUAGACACAUCUAGAUAUGUAUCUACCUGUGUCCCUAAGAAGUCCUAUAUAAUGGCCUACGCCCGUCAGGCACAGGAACUCAACUACGACUGGACCUGGAUACAAAUAGAUACCGGAUGUAGCUGCGCCAUAUCAACUAGACCAGGAGUAUGAAUCCGUGAAUAGAAUAAUUAUAUCGAAAGCUGACCAGCACAUUAUAUAAACUAUGAGGAAUAAAACUUAUUCAUU